UUUUUGGUUGCUCAGUUGUUUUCAAAUCUUUGUUCAUAAAGUUCACAUUCAAUUCCAUUUGGUUUUGGCUGAAGAUAUCAAGAGCUUCCUUUAGAUAAGGUCAAUGUAAAGACGGUCAAGAAAUAAACAUUCAGGUGUACCUGGAAGAACAUGAGAGAAACUGAUAAACAGAUUGCAACACACCAAUUAAAAUGUAUUUCCAAGAUAAAGAUGUUUCUAUUGGCAUUGAUAUGUGCUUAUAUCUCCAAAACAUUGUCUGGAUCUUUUCUAAAUUCCAUCCUUACACAACUGGAAAGGCAAUUUAAUCUCUCAACAACUCUGGUUGGACUUAUUAGUGGAAGUUUUGAAAUAGGGAAUCUUUUGCUGAUAGUAUUUGUGAGUUACUUUGGAACAAAAAUGCAUAGACCUAUGUUGAUUGCUAUGGGGUGCAUGACUAUGGGCAUCGGAUGUUUUUUGCAGUCAUUACCUCAUUUCUUAAUGGAUCCAUAUGAAUAUGAGACUACAGUUUCAAAGACAUCUAACUCUUCAAGUAAUUUCCUGUGCAUAAGAAAGGAAACUCAGAUUAUCACACCAACAGAAGAUCCAUCAGAGUGUACAAAUGAAGUCAAAUCAUCAAUGUGGCUAUAUGUAUUAGUAGGAAAUAUAAUACGUGGAAUUGGUGAAACUCCUAUCAAACCUUUGGGUAUUUCCUAUAUAGAAGAUUUUGCCCAAACCGAAAAUUCUCCUUUAUAUAUUGGGUGCUUAGAAACAGGAUCUAUCAUUGGUCCUUUGAUUGGCUUUUUGUUAGCAUCAUUCUGUGUGGAAAUGUAUGUAGACAUUGGAUCUGUGAAUACAGAUGAACUGAGCAUAACUCCUUCUGAUACACGAUGGGUUGGUGCAUGGUGGCUCGGUUUAUUGGUAUGUGCAGGAGCAAAUGUGCUUUCUGGAGUUCCAUUUCUUUUCUUGCCUAAAUCUCUUCCAAAGGUAGUAUUAGAAACUAAUAAAAAUAUUAUAGAAGAAGAAGAGAGAAAUAAAAGCAAAACAGAAAAGAGGGACAUCAGUAUAGAUUUCUUACCACUAAUGAAAAGUCUUUUUUGCAAUCGAAUUUAUGUAUUAUUCUUGGUCACGAGUAUAUUGCAGUUCAAUGCUUUUGUCGUUGUGUUCUCUUUCCUGGCUAAAUAUAUGGAACAACAAUAUGGCAUAUCUGCCUCAGAGGCAAUCUUCCUAAUGGGCAUUUACAACUUGCCUCCAGUAUGCUUUGGAUAUUUAGCUGGUGGUUUCAUUAUGAAGAAGUUCAAGAUUAAUAUGAAACAAGCUGCUUAUAUAGCAUUUGGCUUGUCUUUAUUGGACUAUUUUUUGAACAUGUCAUGUUUUUUAAUAAUAUGUGAUAAUUCUCCAGUUGCUGGCCUAACUGUGUCAUAUGAAGGAACACAACAGAAUGAGUAUAUGGAAAGAAAUGUACUGGCUGACUGCAACAUUGACUGCAAUUGUCAAGAUAAAAUAUGGGACCCUGUGUGUGGAGAUAAUAAUUUGUCAUAUAUGUCAGCUUGUCUUGCUGGAUGUGAGACACACUUCGGAACAGGAGUGAAUAUGGGCUUCCAAAACUGCAGUUGCAUCAAAUCUUCAAAAAAUGCUUCAGCCUUUCUUGGACUCUGCAGUAGUAGACCAGCCUGCUCUCUGAUGCUUCAGUACUUUCUAAUAUUGUCAGCAAUCAGUAGUUUCAUUUUUUCUUUAGCUGCAAUACCUGGAUACAUGGUCUUUCUAAGUACUGACUGCCUUAAUUAGUAAUUAUUUUGCGAAUUUCAUGGCCUAUUCAUCUCUUUGGGACCAGCCAAUUCUUUGUGAAGAGAAGAAUUAAUACUUGCCAAAUGGAUCUAAGAAAGUAAAAAAAGACAUUUUUGUUCAUCGAGAGUCAUUUUUCUUCUGGAGCUUACCCAUAUAUAGCUAGUUGUUUAAUCAAAGAGAUAAAUUAUUAGAGCAUAAUUAGUUAAUUGGAGAAUGUAAAGGCCUUAAAUGAAGUAAUGCAUCAGCAAGUCAUAGAGAUAAUUCUUGUGAAGCAGAGAUUCUUCAUUUUUUUGUGUCAUGGACCCUUUUGGGAGUCACUAGCAUGUAUACGUGUACUGGCUGAGGUAUCUUAUUGAGCCUAAUACUACUAAUAAUAAAUUAAUAAAUACAAAGCUGUAAAACAGACACAUCUCCAACAAUAAUUGGCUUUUUACUUUCUUCUCAUAGCCAUAGUUCUAAUUUCUCAAUAUCUAUGUUGAAUUGCAGCAGGGUUAGCUAUAGGCAAAAUUGGAAUGUAAUCAAAGUUAGCAUUGAGUGUCUCUGGAUUCUCCUUUUCUCUUCUUUUGUUGUCCAUUCCCAUUCAGUAUUUCUCUACAAUUUACACUUAUCUCUCUAUUUAGCCUUUAUAAAAAACCAUAUAACUUCUCUGACUAAAUUGUAAGCUCCUACAGUAUAUUGACUAUUCAAAUUUCAUAAAACUCAGAGAUGAAAGAGCCAUCUUUAACUUUUCCAAGGUGUAUCUCAUCAUCAUGAUUUGUAUAUAGCAGGUAUUCAAUUAAUUUGUAAUAAACAAAAACCAGCAACAAAUUUUAUAAUUUAUACUUUAGUGUGAAAGUAAGUGCAUUGUUACCUCUUUUAGGGAUAUCUUUGCAUUUUAAGUCAACAUCAAUUGUGAAAUGAAAGACUGUUUCCUGUUCUAAGAAUUAAAGACUUCAAUGAGCCUAAAUUAUUGAAAAAAGGAUAAAAGAGAAGGUGCUGUAGAAAGAUAAUUGGGCUUAGAGGAUUUGUAACCCUGAUUCCUCUACAUUCUAGCUGCAUGACUCUGGAUAAGUUAUUUAACUUCUUCAAACCUCAGUUUCCUCAUCUAUAACAAAGUCUGAGAGUCCUUUCCAAACAUGAAUCCCUGGAAGUUAUUCCCAGACUCAGGUGAUGCUUUGGGUCAACAUUUAUUCAACCCCCAAUAUUGUCAGAGAAAUCAGUAGAAGGGUAUCCUUUUACAGAAAUCAGAGAAAUCAAUUGUCUGCUCAUGGUUUCUGAGAAAGUGAAUUUUAAUUGUUCUGGGGAAACUUAACCAUAGUUUGUCUCUCACAUUAGUGUAAUUAUAUUCAAUCCAAAUCCUUCCAUGACUCUAUCAACUAACCUAUGUUCUUACAGAUUACCAUAGUAACUUUUUAAAUUAACAACACCACCACCACAGAGUAGAGCUGGUUACCUUUCUUUUGUAUCACUAAAGCAAUAUUUAAACCAUUUCUCUCCUUACAAUAAUAUAGAGAAAAAGUUCUUACAAUAACUCUUUCAUAAGGUUGUUUUGAGAAAAGUACUUUGUCCAAUGUGCUAUCUAAAUAAGAUAAACUGCUUAUUAUAACGUAUUUAAAUCAGAAUAUAUUGGUUAAUCCAUUCAGGUAGCUUCUUGGGUAUCCUUUUACAGGUCUUAUAUGUUCUUCCUUUCCUUAAGUUGAACUUUAGGAAAACUAUGUUCUGUAAGACUCCUAGAAUUUAAGCUGCUAAAAUUAUGUUAUUCUGAACAUCCACAAUUUUGAUCUUUGAAAUAAACCCACAGGAAACUUGGUGUUAGGUGACAAAAUUGGCAUCCUUCUUCAUUUGCUAAAUUUCAAACCAUUUCAAUUGAACAAACAUUUAUUAAUGCCUUAGGUGCAUAAAGCACAAUAUUAGACACUGGAUUAAUAAAGAGGCAAAUGAGAGUUCGUAGAGUCCAGUCCUUCAUAGAGUUCAGUCUAGUUAAGGAAUAAGAAAUUAACACAGAUAAUUAUUGCACAAUAAUACAUGAUAAUUGCAUUUGAGUAGUAUAAAAUCAAGUGCUAUGCAUAUAAGUACAAAAGAAUUGUAAAAAUCAAUCAAGCAUUUAUUAAGUACUUCUUAUACAUCAAGAAUGAUAACAUCAUUAUAACAUUUUUUCAAUAUAUUGCUCACUUUUAAUCAAUUAUUUUUUUCUUCUUCCUCUUUCUAUAAAAAGAAAAAAGCCUUUGUUGUAAGGAUUGACUCUCCAGGAGAAUAGAAUGAAAAGGCAAAGAUAUCUGGCAAUAUACAAAUAAAAGAUAAUAAAAUUUUAAAGGUUAAGGAAAGUCAUUCAACAGAUAAAGGGGAGGGGAGGGUGAGGAGGAAGUUAGGAUGUUCCAGAUCCAGAGAUUAGUUUUAGGAAAGGCAAUGAGUUAGAUAAGUGAAGGGCAGGACCCUUCCAUUCUCUCUUUUGAGGAUGUGACCAUCAAAUUCCGUGGCUGGUAAUUCUUUCUGUUAAACUCUCUUUUUGAUGCUGGAGAAGUUUUAAAUGGUUAACUCCCUGGAAACAGCUGUGGUAGAAAGGCAGUGUGAAGGGAAGUUAACCAAUAGAACUUUAAGUAAAAAAUAAAAAGACAAUACAGAACAUGAAGAGUCUUGUUUGGUGGAUUAAAAAAAAUAGUCCCACUUGAGGAGCACAAAUUAUAAAGAGGAAGGUCAUCUGAGAGUAGGUUGAAAAAGCAAGGAGAUCCUAGAUUGUGGAGAAACUUAAAUGGCAGAGAAGUUUUAACUUUCUUAAGGGAUAAUAAAAACUUAAUUUUUUUUGACUGGACUGGUAGCAUGACAACAUCUAUGCAUAAGUAAGAUUGUUGUGAUGGUGCAACAAAUCCAAAGUUAGAGGAAGAAAAGAGUCAAUUCAAUACAAGAAGACAUGUAUAGAUGUCAGUGCAAUAUUCCAGGAAUGGUAAUAGAAAACCAUACUAGGAUGGCAGCAGAAGGGAUUGGUGAAAGAAAUGUUAGGAUAACAAAAUGAAUAAGUUAUAAAGAAUACAGAGGAGAAAAUAGGAGAAUGAAAGUAAUAAAAAUGGCAAUCUUGUCUUAAACAGUAUAAUCACUCCCUGAAUAGAGGAUGGUUGAUGUUAAUCAUCCUUUCAGGUUUCUCAAAUGUGUAAAGUUGCAUGAAUAGAGAUAAAUGAUUUAAGUCUUUUCUAUCCCUUUUUCUAAUGGCAGGAUGACUUUAUUUAUUUCUUUUUCCCCCUAGGAGCCUCAAGCCCAAAGAGAAAGCUCUUGGUGUGGGUCUACACAUGUUAUGUACAAGAAUACUUGGUAAAAAUGAGUUAUCUGUCCCUUCUUCAAUAUAAUAUAAAUAUAAAUGAAAUAAAAUAUGAUGGUUAUAUAAA